AUCGAGCGAUAGUUUUUAUAAAAUAAGGAUUAAGGAGUGCCGAAUUAUUCAGUAUUUAUGAAUAAAAUCAACAAAUAAUUUAUUAUUGGUGUAUAAAUAUUUGUAGCGAUGAGUACGCUCGACAAGCAACUAGCUGAUCUACGGAUCUACGCGAACGAGUUAGAUGCAAAACUCCAAGACGAUAUCAAUGCAGCAAAAACGAAACCAUCUAUCCCUCCGAAAAAAAAUAAAGCACCACAACCCCAAAUACCGCAAAGUUACACAGUAAAGUCAGCUUGCGAACCCUCCUACUCAUCUAGGCUAGAAUACGGUAGUCGCACAAGUUCUACCUACUCUAAUUUAGUACCAGUUAAAAGUUGUAUUGUAAGGAAUUCCGCUAGACUUCGAAGUGGCGAUGCUCUUUUAUAUAGCAAUUUAUUGCCACCAGGUGGUACAAAUCAUGUGUACUCCAAUAUCGCCAUGCAGCGUAAUACAGAAAACUUUUACGAGAGGGACACACGGUCAGAUGUAUCAAGAAUAAGUGAUCUAGGUGUGCAAUCAAAUUAUAGUGAGUUAAGACGACCAGGAUCAGCUUAUCCACCGUCCUCUGCUUCAGUAAAUGCUCAAGAUUUCUCUACAUAUGGUGGCUCACAGACAUCAUCAACAUAUGAGUCAUUGUAUGAGCCUAUUAAUCCAAGGUCGUGCAGCCAGUUAUCAGGAACCUCAUUGUACGGCGGCUAUGUUGGUACCACAGUAGAGCCUAUUCCUGUGCCUGAUAAUGCUUUAUAUUGUGGAAAUUGUUACCACUGUGGGGAAAGGAUUAUGGGAGAAACUACUGGUUGUACUGCAAUGGAAAGGAUUUAUCAUAUUAAAUGUUUCUGUUGUCAGCAAUGUGGAAUAAAUCUUCAGGGUAGACCAUUUUAUGCAGUCCAAGGAAAAGCUCUCUGUGAAAGUGACUACUUGGAAACACUCGAGAAAUGUUGUGUGUGCGGAGAUCCCAUUCUGGACCGCAUACUAAGAGCUACUGGCAAGCCAUAUCAUCCUCGAUGCUUCACCUGUGUAGUAUGUCAAAAAAGCCUUGAUGGUAUACCUUUCACUGUUGAUGCAGUAAAUCGUAUUCAUUGCAUUGAAGACUUUCAUAAAAGAUAUGCCCCACGAUGCGCACGUUGUCGUGAACCAAUAGUACCAGAAGGUGGUGCAGAAGAAACGGUACGUAUUGUAGCCUUGGACAAGAGUUUCCAUAUUGCGUGCUAUGCAUGCGAGGAUUGUGGUGCCUCACUAUGUUCGAGAGAAGAAGGUAAGGGCUGCUACCCACUUGAUGAACAUCUUUACUGUAAAGAGUGUAAUGCGAGACGCAUACAAGAUUUAUCAAGAAAUAUUAAUUAAUAAUGAAACUAAUAAACAUCAAUUUACUCAAUUGAUUGCACUGCUAUUUAUAAUUAUAUUAAUGUAAUAUGUCAAAAGAACCACCAAGUAAUGCUUAAUAAUAAAAUAUAUAAUCUAAUAAUAAUGGUACAACUAUGUUUAAACAUUGAUAUUAUAAUUUCAAGGAUUUUGUGAUUUUUAGUUGCUGUCUCUAAUCUUAAGUACAAUUUUGAUAUUUUUAAUAAGUAUUCAUGUGGUUUUUAUUUAUCAGAGUCAUUUUUAUUGCUGUUUUUCCAAAAAAAAGCUUCCAAUAAUUAUACAAAAUCAAUUUAUGAACACAUAUUUUUUUGUAAUUAUAGUAUUGUUAUUGAUACAUUGAGUAUUUAUUUCUAUAUCAUUCAGAGUAUUAUUUAUUAAAAUCAAAUCAUAUAUCUUGACGAGAUGGACCAUUCCAAACUGCAUUUAUUUUAUACAAUAAUUAUUUAAAGGCUGUGUAACAAGUCCACAGUAUUAAUAUAUUCAAAGGACUAUGAAAUGUGAUUUUUAUGUUAAUUUUUAAUUAUAAAAUAAGAUGCAUUACCAUAUUAUUCUUAAAUAUAAUUUUAGUAUUGUUUGAAGCCCCCUAUUAUGUAAAAGGUGCCAUUUUUUUGUAUAUAGUGCUAAUAGGUUGUGUAAUUAAUUAUAUUUAGAGUAGUAUAUGGUACUUAUAUCAGUACAUAAGGGAAUGUUUUUCAGUUAUACAUAUAUUUGUACUCAACAAGCAAUUGAAUUACUUUGUCCUAGCAUCAAAUUAAACAUAAGUUGAUAUCAAAAUUUGUAGAAACAGGUACAAUAUUCUCUUGCUAAACAUGUAUCAAGCCACAUAGAAGUUUUUACGUGUGUAUAUUUUUGUCUUACAAUAAAUCAUGGUAAUCAUUAAAACUAAGGUGGCUAAACAAAAUAACUUAAUAAUUGUUACAUUGUUAUUGGAAUAUGUAAAGAAUAAAGAGAAGUAAUAACGCGUUUUAGCAAAUGUCUGAUAAUCAUUGCAUCUUAUCUUUUUUGUAAAAUGUCUUACACAAAGUAAUCAGUAGUCAUUAACAUUUUUUUUUUGUGUCAUAUAAUUAAUUUUAUAAAACAUUAUAUAUUGCAUUAGGAAAUAUAUCUAAAGAAAAUUUAAAUAAUGAAAUAUUAUGAAUUUCCAAUGCAUUUAUGGAUCUGCAUUUACGAAUUAUAUAUUAAGCUUUGUAAGAACAACAUGUUCUGAGAAAAUAUAUUAAAAAAAACAUUUCUUAAAUUUACAUUAAAUAAUUAGUGCUUGAAAUUUGAAUAAUUUGUAACAACUAUUUUAAUUCCAAGCAUUAUUAUUUAAGUACCAACUGUACUUAAAUAUGUAGUUAUAAAUAAGAAUGUUUCCUAGGUUUGUAUUUGUAUAAUGGUACAUAUAUAACUGUAUGUGGUAUGUAUGUUGAAGUAGUGCAUAGAAAGUUAAAAUUUACGUUUUACGCUUAUUUUUAUUAGCAAGUGAAAAUGUCACAAGUUAUGAGAUUAUGCCAGUUUAGUAUUGUGAUGAACCAUAUUUGUUAAGUAAUAAAUAAUACCAUACACUAACAAA